CUUAAGCAGAUCACGGGGGAAAUUUGCGACCAACCAACGGGCGAACUCUCAGACGCAAUGAUCGCUGAUUCCCACCGUGUGAUGGAGGGUUGGAGCACUACAGGUUUCAAGACCUCUUCCAAAGAAAAUGCAGUUGCAAUCGAAAACCUCGUCAAGCGACUCGUCGACGAAGCCGAAGCGGGAAACUCGAAUGCCAAUCCUACGACAAAGGAUUAUAACUGCAUGCUAGAAAGCUGGGCCCGCAGUGGGGAGGGUGUUCACGCUGCAGAACGGUGCGAAGAAAUUCUGGUCCAGAUGCAAGCGGAAUACGAGUCGGGAGCUUCGUCGGCACAAAUUCGACCGAACCUGUCCUCCUUCAAGAUCGUUCUCCAAGCGUGGAAACACGCAGGUGGGAAAAAAUUGAGUUCCUUUCGUGCCCAACGCAUCCUCGAUUGGAUGUCGUCAUUGCACGAAAGCGGCAAGAACAGCUUGGCGCAACCCGACCAGAUGUGCUUUGACACCGUACUGCAGAGUUGGUCUCGCAACAAUCACGAAGAAGCCCCUGUUUACGCAGAGCGCCUCUUGGCGAAAAUGGAAACUAUGAAAUUAGAAUCCACGGCCAUCGUUCCCCUGGUCCAACCGAGAACUCUGAGCUUCAAUGCUGUUUUGGGGGCUUGGAAUCGUGCAUCCCUAACACCUUCUCUAGAAUCGCCGUCGGCCUUUGCGUCGCAGCCCUCAUCGACGUCCUGGCAAAGAUCAUGCGACAUUUUGGAAUUCAUGGAAAAAUUGUAUUACGUCGAAGGGAACAGCAUGGUUGAACCCGAUCGGGUCUCUUACUCGCUUGUGCUAAGAACUCUAGCACGACACAAAAACGACGACCGAGCUGCACCGAAGGCGGACAAGAUUCUGAGGUUCAUCGAAAAGAAAUCAAGAAACGGUGAAUUGUCGUGGCGACCGGACACCCUCCUUUUUAACACCGUAAUGGGAUGUUGGUCGCACAGCCACCUGAAGGGAUCAUAUCGCAAGACUCGUGGCAUUCUUGAUCGUCAAAUCCACCUUUUCACAUCGUUCGACGGGAAGGUAGGGAGCGACGAUUGUCGACCCGAUGUCUACGGGUUCACAACCGUCUUGUCGAGCUGUGCACUAGAACGUGCAAACGGCGAAGAGAAAGCAAAGGCAUUUAAUGUUGCACGUUCUACGUACCAGCAAUUAAUCACAAACAAGGAUGAGUACGGAGCUCCAAACCACGUGACGUACGGAACCAUGUUGAAAUGCGUUUCGAACUUGUUACCUGCUGACCACCCACAACGCAAGAAGUGGACGAAAAAAGUGUUCAACCAGGCCGUGGCCAAUGGUUGUGUCGGAGGUAUGGUUUUGAGUCGUCUCAGCGAAGCGGCGUCUUCUGCCAAGGAAUACAAAGCCCUUAUGCGGGGACACUCUAAGAAAAAACUGCCUGCAGGGUGGACUAGGAACGUCAGUGAAAAAACCGAAUACCGUCGAAAGCGAUCCGGGAAACGGGCCGAAGUCUGAGAAGUUCUCUAACAGCCUUCAAAGUUUGAUUUUUUUCGUUUUCGUCUGCAAUACUGCGACGAGACGAGGAUAAGUACUCAGUACUAGUACCUUUAGUCGCAAUUAGCUCCUACAAAGUCCGUUCACGACCAGCAUCUACUCAACUCAACGGAUAUCAAAUGCGCAUCAUUGGCAUUCAAAAUCCAACUACAUUGAUCGAAUGCAUGAAAUGGUAAAAAUGCACGUUGUUCCUUGGACCUUGGAAUAUGGUGCUCUCUAUCAUUUCCCUUCCCGUUUCAUCAUUGUUCAAGAACAAGAGAAUCAACAUCUUUGAGAUGA